AUGUCAUCUGUCCAAGAGCUUCUUUAUGACACACUAGAUGACUUAGAAGAAGAAAAACUGAAGAGAUUUAAGAGCCUCUUAAGACAAAAUGGACACAUUCGAGCUGCUCAGCUGGAGAAGGCAGAUGCCACUGACACAGUGGAUAUUAUGGUGGAUUGUUUUGGGUCAGAGGGAGCUGUGAAGAUUACACUGAAGAUCCUGAAGAAGAUAAAUCAAAACCAGUUGGCUGAAGAGUUACAAAACAAGAACACAGAAGAGCAGCAAACCCCAUCAGAGACAACAGAGAAACACACUGGAAAGGAAGGGCAGUGUUACUUUCAGAAUUCAAUUGCAAUAUGUCUACACCAGUUAAUUGGGAUGAUAAUCAGGCCAGUGUUUAAAACAUUUGUCACAUAUGUGUUAUUUUUACUCACCUUUUCCUACUUACAUUGCACAGAGGAUUUGGGGCUGCAGAAAUUCUUGAAAAAUCACAAAUUAAACAUGAAGGAGGAGGCAGAACAUAUUUUUGAGGGCAAAAAGGAAAACGAAGCACAUCUCAAGGAUGUUUACACAGAACUCUUUAUCACUGAGGGGGAUAUAAAAGAAGUGAAUGAAGAACAUGAGAUCUUAAAGAUUGAUGAUGCUUUGAAGACCCCAAUAUCAGAGGACAGGCCAGUCAACUGCAAUGACAUAUUUAGUCUGAGGAAAAAUAAGAAAAAGAUUGUUCUGACCAAGGGCAUCGCUGGCAUUGGAAAAACAGUCUUGGUGCACAAGUUCAUACUUGACUGGGCAGAAGGAAUAGCCAAUCAGGAUAUAGACUGCAUGUUCCUGCUUCCAUUCCGAAAGAUUAAUUUGGUUAAAAAUAAGGAGAUGAGUUUUCAUGAAUUUCUACAGGUAUUUUGUCCUAAACUGAAGGAACUGGACAAAACUAAGUUAUAUAAGAGUUGUAAGCUUGCGUUUAUCUUUGAUGGACUUGAUGAGAGUCGACUGCUUUUGAAUUUUGAAAGUGAAAUGCUGAGUAGUGUUGAGGAAAGAUCUUCUGUAGAUGCACUGUUUACAAAUCUGGUCAUAGGUUAUCUCUUGCCUUCAGCACUUAUCUGGGUAACCUCCCGACCAGCAGCAGCCAAUCAAAUCCCUCCUGAGUAUAUAGGUUUGUUCACAGAGGUGCGAGGAUUCACUGAUAAACAGAAAGAGGAGUACUUCAGAAAGAGAAUCAAAGAUGAGACACAGGCCUCCAAAAUUAUCUCACACAUCAAGACAUCUCGUAGUCUCUACAUCAUGUGUUACAUUCCUGUGUUCUGUUGGAUCACAGCAACGGUUCUCCAGGAAAUUCUCAUAAAGAACAGUGCAGAGAACAUUGACACAACACUCACUGAAAUGUACAUUCACUUUCUGCUGAUACAGAUGAACAUGAAGAACCAGAAGUAUGAUGGGACAACAAAAAGACAACGCACAAAGCUCUUAGAUUCCAAUAAAACUGUGAUUUUGAAGUUAGCCAAGCUAGCUUUUGAGCAACUAAAGAAGAAAAACACAAUGUUCUAUGAGGAUGAGCUGGAAGAAUGUGGUAUUGAUGUGAGUGAAGACAAUGAGUCCACAGGAAUGCUCACUGAGAUCUUCAAGAAGGAAGCUGGACUUCAUGAGAUGAAGGUCUUCUGCUUUGUACAUCUGAGUGUUCAGGAGUUCCUUGCUGCAGUACAUGUGUUCCUCUCCUACAUGAACAAGAACAUGGAGGAGCUUCAGUUUUUCUUUGAAGAGCUGCAAGGAGCCCACAUGAAUGAAUAUCUGGCAGACAAAAAUAUUGCAUUGCAUGACUUAUUGAAGAAGGCUAUUGACAAAGCAAUGCAAAGUGAUAAAGGACAUUUAGACCUUUUUUUACGGUUUCUGUUGGGCCUUUCACUAGAAUCCAAUCAGAAACUUCUCAAAGGCCUGUUUACACACACUGAAUACAGCACAGAGAGCAUUACAAAAACAACUGAUCACAUUACAAGACGAUUACAAACCCAGGGCAUCUCAACUGAAGCUUCAAUCAACCUAUUGUACUGCUUGCUUGAGCUGAAUGACAAAUCAUUAUUGAAUGAAAUCCAAAGACACCUUAGUUCAGAUGGUCAUCCAGGACGAUUCAUGUCACCUUCUAUGUGCUCAUUGCUGACCUGUGUACUAUUGAUGUUAGGGGACAUGCUGGAUGAGGUCAACAUGAAGAUGUACAAUACAUCAUGGCAAGGUUAUCAGAGACUAGUCCCAGCUGUGAGAUGCUGCAGAAAUGCCUUAUUUGACAGCUGUCGUCUUACUGAUAGCUGCUGUGAAAGUGUGGCUUUUGCCCUGCAGUUACCAAAUUCCCCCUUGAGAGUGCUGGACAUGAGUAACAAUAACCUAAAAGAUGCAGGAGUGAAGCUGCUCUCUGAUGGACUCAAGAAUCCACACUGUCAUCUAGAGAUACUGAGAUUAUCUGGCUGUAUGGUGACAAAGAAAGGCUGUCGUUAUUUGGCCUCAGCUCUGAGUUCAAACCCCUCACACCUGAAAGAGCUGGAUCUGAGCUACAAUCAUCCAGGAGAAUCAGGAGUCAAACUGCUUUCUGCUAGACUGAACGACCAACACUGCAGACUGGAGAAACUCAAUGUGGAUCAUGGGGGAAAGAUAAGGAUUACAGAAGGGCCACAAAAAUGGGCCUGUGAUCUCACACUGGAUCCAAACACAGUAUACCCUAAACUCUCUCUGUCUGAUGACAAUAGAAAGGUGACACGUGUGGGAGAAGAGCAGUCAUAUGCUUGUCAUCCAGAGAGAUUUGACUGCUGUCCUCAGGUUCUCUGCAAAGAGAGUCUGUCUGGAUGCUGUUACUGGGAGGCUGAAUACUCAGGAUGGGGGGCUGAAAUAUCAGUGUCAUACAAAGGAAUAAAAAGGAAAGGAUUGAGUGAUGACUGUGAGUUUGGGCGCAAUGAAAAGUCCUGGAGUCUGAUCUGCUCCAACUACAGAGUUACUUUUUGUCACAAUAAUCAGAGCACUGAAAUAUCUCUACCUGAACAGCGCUCAAAGAGAGUUGGAGUGUAUCUGGACUGUCCAGGUGGCACUCUGACUUUCUACAACAUCUCUGACAAACUCGGACUCAGGCGCAUGAAAACAUUCUGCCUCACACUCACUGAGCCCCUUUGUGCUGGAUUUGGGGUUUUUCCUGGUUCCUCAGUGUCUCUUUGUGAGAUUAAACCACUUUGUGCAAUUAACAAUAUGCCACCAAUCAGUAUCCCAUAUCUUAAUCUCUUGCAAAUGGAACGUUCUGGCAAUGCAUCUACAGUCAGUUUACGUUCACUGUCUGACUACACUGAAAGAGCCAAGGCAUCACGUGAUCUCAGAAGGAUUACUGCUGUCUUGUAAAAUGAGAAUAGAUAUAGGUUUAUUAGGAAGUAUAUAUGAACAACAGGUAAGAUGGGCAUGCCUGAAUAUGUUUUGUUGAAUGAUGAAGAUGGAGACGGGUCCACAGGCAUUUUCCCAGGGCCUCCGACAAGCAAGGGGCCCUGAUGAACUAUUUUUUGGGAACUAUUAACUAUGUUUUACAAAUAACUAUUUUAUGCCAGUAACAAGGCAAUGUAAAACACCUUGUUAUAUGAUUUUUUUGGCAUUUUUAUUAACCCUAUAACACCAUAUGUAUAAAAUAUGAUGAAUUUUUUUUUUAAAUCACAGAGAUUUGAAAAUUCUGACAUAUACUUUUAUAAGAUAUAUUUAAAGUGUGAAUAUUUCUGUGUAUUUUCAUAUAUGCAGCGUGCUCUGUUAUUAUAAAGAUCUCAUUAUUUUUCAUUACAAGCUAUUAUGAUGUCAACUUACCAUAAGUUCCUGAGACCCAGCGAAAAGUCUUACAAUUUCCUUUUUCAACCCUCUACAGUCAUGUUGGAGUAGCCAAUCACCAUUGGCUAGUACAUUUUUGUUUUUACUCACCAGACUUUUGAUGAAAUGUAAGCGUAAUGCAAUUGAAAAAGAUAUUAAGCAAAACAUGAAAGGGGGUCUCUUUUUUUUACGUAUACGACUUCACGCAAUAUACUAUGCAAUAUUGUAAAUUUUAUUUUAUA